AAUUGUUGCAUAUUCGAUUUUAUUUAUUCAAUCAAAAGUGUUUAUAAGUGUACUGAGUUCGUCGCCGUCUCCCUAGCCGGCGCCGUCGUCACAAUUUCACUGCCGUCUCCGCCGUAAGUUUGAUAACGCAGCACAAAAUGUGUUCGAAUUCUAUGACCAAAGCUCCCGCCAUGAUGGCGAUAAAGAAGAAAAUUGAGAAAGACAUUUACGGAGUUGGAAGUAUUGGCCUUUUCACUGAGCUGGACACAGAGAAUUUAGCAAUAAGACAGAAACCUGGAUUGGAAGAAUACUCUGGUGUAGAUAAACCGAGAAUUACGACCCUGUAAGGACAAACAAUGUGCUACACCAAUCAAAGCUAUGCAUCCAAGUACCUUCCAGACAGAACUCAACUCGACCACUCAGAGUUCCACGUUAUUACACCAGCUGACACAUCAUUCACAGCAAAGGAACCUCAUGGCUGGACGUGCAGUUCAUGCACGGAUCAUCAGAACUGAAACAUCGACAUGCACCCACCAUGCUAAUGGCCUUGUCAACCUUUACGCCAAAUGCGGACACUUACCCAAAGCCCACUCCAUCUUCAAUGCCAUAAUCACCAAGGAUGUCGUGUCCUGGAACAGUCUCAUCACGGGAUAUUCUCAGAACGGCAGUCUCUCCAGCUCCCGCACUGUUAUGCAGCUGUUUAAGGAGAUGAGAUCACAGAAUAUGCUACCAAACGCUUAUACCCUUGCCGGAAUUUUUAAGGCUGAGUCGAGUCUUGGAAGUGGUACAGUUGGGAAGCAGGCUCACGCACUUAUCGUCAAAAUGUCAAGUUUUGGGGAUAUAUACGUUGACACUUCGAUGGUAGGCAUGUACUGUAAAGCGGGUUUGGUUGAGGAUGGACUUAAAGUGUUCGCCUUGAUGCCUGAAAGAAAUACCUAUACAUGGUCUACCAUGGUUUCUGGUUUUGCUACAAGAGGACGCGUUGAAGAGGCAAUAAAAGUCUUCAAUUUGUUUCUUAGAGAAAAAGAGGUUGAAAGUGAUAGUGACUAUGUCUUCACCGCAGUCCUUAGCUCGCUGGCUGCAACCGAAUACGUAGGCCUAGGCAGGCAAAUCCAUUGCAUCACGGUUAAAAAUGGGUUGCUCGGGUUUGUAGCUUUGAGUAACGCGCUCGUUACAAUGUAUUCAAAGUGUGAGAGCUUGACUGAGGCAUGCAAGAUGUUUGACAUGUCUGGUGACAGAAAUUCGAUUACAUGGUCAGCAAUGGUCACUGGCUAUUCUCAGAAUGGGGAAUCACUCGAAGCAGUAAAGCUGUUCUCGAGAAUGUUCUCCGCUGGAGUCAAGCCCAGUGAAUACACGAUUGUUGGGGUUCUUAAUGCAUGCAGUGACAUUUGCUAUGUAGAAGCAGGGAAACAACUUCAUUCUUUUUUGUUAAAGUUGGGAUUUGAAAAUCAUUUAUUCGCGACUACAGCUUUGGUUGACAUGUAUGCGAAAGCCGGUUGUCUAGCAGAAGCCAGGAAAGGGUUUGAUUGUCUAAAAGAACGUGAUGUCGCUCUUUGGACAUCACUUAUUAGCGGGUAUGUUCAAAACUCAGAUAACGAAGAGGCUCUGAUUCUGUACUGCGAGAUGAAAACAGAAGGUAUUAUCCCAAAUGAACCAACCAUGGCAAGCGUUCUGAAAGCGUGCUCCUCUCUAGCUACCUUUGAGCUUGGAAAGCAAGUACAUGGCCACACAGUCAAACACGGGUUCAGUCUAGAAGUUCCAAUUGGAAGUGCACUUUCUACAAUGUACUCAAAGUGCGGAAAUUUAGAAGAUGGGAACCUCGUCUUUCAAAGAACUCCCAAUAAAGACGUUGUGUCUUGGAACGCGAUGAUUUCAGGCUUGUCCCAUAAUGGACGAGGAGAUGAAGCCUUAGAACUUUUCGAGGGGAUGUUAGCGAUAGGAACGGAACCGGAUGAUGUCACAUUCGUGAAUAUUAUCUCAGCUUGUAGCCAUAAAGGGUUCGUAGAGAGAGGCUGGUCUUAUUACAACAUGAUGUCCGAUCAGUUCGGGAUUGUUCCAAAAGUUGACCACUAUGCGUGUAUGGUUGAUCUGCUGAGCCGUGCAGGACAGCUCAAAGAGGCAAAAGAGUUCAUCGAAUCAGCUAGUAUUGAUCACGGUUUAUGCCUUUGGCGGAUACUACUAAGCGCGUGUAAGAACCAUGGGAACUGUGAACUAGGAGCUUACGCAGGAGAGAAGCUCAUGGCCCUUGGAUCGAGAGAAUCAUCAACGUAUGUACAAUUGGCGAGCAUUUACACGGCUUUAGGGCGGAUGAGAGAAGUGGAACGGGUUUGGGGAUACAUGAGAGCAAACGGGGUGAGCAAAGAAGUAGGUUGCAGUUGGAUCGAGAUGAAGAAUCAGGUCCAUGCUUUUGUAGUGGGAGAUACAAUGCAUCCGUGGAUUGAAGAGACAAAGGAUUUGGUUAGCUUGGUGAGGAGACAGAUGAUAGAAGAAGGAUUCACAACUGUGUUGGAUUCUUCUUAUGUAGAAGUAGAAGAAGGUACACACAAUUAGUUCUUUCAUGAUUCUACGUCUCUUAUACCGAUUUUAAAUACAAAAUUUGUUGUAUUCUUUUAUAUUUGUAGGUUUUUAAUUUAGGUGUAACUAUUUGUGUGAAAAAAUGUAUCACAAAAUAGUUAUAAUUUUGGUCAGCCUAUCAGAUGUAAUUGAAUUUGAUUUGGUAUCCAUAUG